AUGCUGUCAAUCAAGUCAUCAGUUGCAGCUGUUCUCAGUUCAGUCAGUGUUAUUCUCAGACCACGGGCAGAGGGGUUUCUCUGAGCAGCUCCGCCGGCUAAAUCUGGUCUUAAAGACGUUUUUUCUGCUAAUAUAUCGAGCGACUAAGCACUGAAGUUUUACCAGUUUAAACUUAAGCUUAACGCGUCGUCCUUGUGACAUGCCGGUAUUUGUGGAGGACCCCGCUCAUUUCUCUAAAUCUAGACUGAAAUCAGAUUUAGUGGCCCACAAUGUUUCGCUGCCACCUGCCGCGAGCAAAAAGGAAGUUUAUGUGGAGUUACACUUAAAACACAUCGACCAGAAAAACGCAGCGGAUUUUUCUAGCGACGAGGAAGAUCAAGUACAAGAUGCACUUAGUCCAGAGGAUGCAGAGAUACCUGACCCGAGUGGUUUGACCGAUGAUGACCUCAAGGCUGCACUGCUUAAACGCGGGGUUAAAGCUGGGCCCAUAGUUGCCUCCACCAGGGCCUUGUAUGAGAAGAAGCUCAGCAAACUGCUUCAGUCUGAUGGACAUGACCAACUUAAUGGAGCAGAAAAAGGCGUGUUGUACUCUGACAGCGAGGAGGAGGAGGAGGAGGAAAAUGGGGACGAGGCGGAUGCAGAGUCAGCUUGUACAGGUGCUGAGGAAGACAAACGAGAAACAGUUGAACAGUCAGACCAGGCUCAGCAAGAGAGCAGCCAGAAUGAUGAUUUUGAUUACCCACAGUGCUUUUUACCAUCAUCACGGCUGCAUGUCCGUGCUUCUAGACACAGGGAACCUAGGCCCAAGUGGAAUUCAGGGAAUGCGUUAAAAUCAUCAGAGCAGAACUGGUCUCGCUGCACACAGAUUCCCGCAGGAAUUAGUAGAGCAUCCUCUGUAGAUCAGCGCUCAGGAUUAGGAUCAGGGGUUCCAUCUGGAUCACAAGUAGUUAGGACCAAUAGUGUCUCAUCGUUUUCCUCUCAGACCUUCAGCAUCACCCAAAUGGUUGAGGAGAUGGAGAGUCGAUGGUCACUCUCUACUAGUACAAACACUAAGAGAGAGUUGAAUGGGAGCAAUGUGCAAAAACAUUGGUCACAGUCCAACAGGCUGGACACGCCAGUUGUGAACAAGUGCACCAUGAUGAACCAGUCCCUGUACUACACCCCCAAGGCUUCUCCUCGUGAAAGGGGAAUGAAGCUUCCUCAGGAGCCUGUGAAAGAUACUUUCAAGGACUUGCUUCCAGAUGCUGAGACCACUCCCACGGGGAUUUACGCCACUCGUCGGAGACCCAUUAAGGGGGCAGCAGGCAGACCCAUCCAGUACGCCUACCCAGACACUCCCGCCAGUCCCACGACCCUGGAGAGACGAGAGGUGGAGCGUCGCCUUGUGCCCAUCCACAUACAGAUUUUGGUCUUUCUUAUUGUGGCAUGCCUCCUCUACCUCAUUUAUGUUUGUGUUGAAGACAGUUCGUUUGUGGCCUUACUGGACAGUCUAAGCCAGGGGUCAGAGAGUGAGGAGGGGCUUUUAGUUCAGACUGAGGCACAGGACACACUAGCACUUUCUGAGCAAGAGUAACUACUUUUUUUUUUUUUUUUAAACUGUCUACACUGACCUAUGGAUGUCAAGUUUCUGUAUUUUGUUGAUGCAAGCUAUAAUGACUUUGUUGUGAUGUCUUCAGGGAGUACAUAUUAAUUGAUACAGUCUGUUUUGUUAUUUACUCUGUCUGUGUGUCUGUAUGGGAGCAAUCCUCAAAGCCCAUUUUUAAUUUUUUUAUGUUUUGCUUAAGGAUGUGUUACUAGUCUUGUCCUUAUAGUUAAAAUCACAAGAUGCUGUUGAGUAUUUUGUCAAAUGUAAUUUGUAACUUUUUCUAUUUCCCAACCCAAUUUUGUGUAUCCUGGUGGUGCUUUAACAAGGAAUUGAUGUCAAUGUAUGCCUUUGAUGUGCCUUAUUUUUAAAUAUUUGAGCCAUAUUUCAUUAAAGGAUUUUUGCUUCAUA